AUGGGCUCGUUUCCGCCUCCCCGCAAACAACCACAAGUGCUUGUCCCGGAAACCCAGGACUCAAGUGCGUCGCAGCGUGUCCAGUCCCAAGGCUCGACCUUCGAUGAGACGCAGUCCCAGGAUGGAGACAUCAUGGCACCCCGGUCUUCGCAAGCUGCGUCUCUUGUGUUUGGAGGACGCCCCCUUCCUCUUUCCCAAUCACGGGUGGGCUCUUCUCGAGCACGAGUGUCUGCUUCUGACUCGCAGGACUCUAAUACAUCUCGGCGGCGUGUCCAGUCCCAAGGCUCGACCUUCGAUGAGACGCAGUCCCAGGAGGGAGACAGCAUGGUACCCCGGUCUUCGCAGGAUACAAUGAACCCCACCCAAUCGUUAUUGGCGCCUCGCGAAGAGCCGUCGUCGUCGUCGGCUAAACGGUCCAAGCGAGCAGGCGGCAACAGGACCAGGGGGAAGGACGCCAAUCCCAGGGGCCCGCUGAUUCCCUGGACCAGGCGUUUUGAGGGGAUGACGUUGGACGAGGCGCUUCUGGAGAGAGUGCGCGACCGAGUGUUCACUGUCGGUGGUCUUUCCAGCAUGAGAAAUACGGACUGGGUGUUGGGAGAGCGGUGUAGGAUUCGAGUUUCUCGAAAGUUCAAGGAACAGUUCAAAGAAGCACGGUUCGCUGUGCAAGCUACUUCAUCCUCUGGUUCGGGAUCGCGCCAAGCAUCAACGCUCGUGGGUGAGCUGCGGGCGCAAGGCAACACGGACGAGAGGCUGCGACGCGCUUGCCAAGUCCACGAUGACCUAGGGGAGCAGUCGUACGCGUCGCUUUCUCACCUCUUUGAGGGCAACGUUGCCACGCGGGACGGUGCCCGCGACCAGUCUGGCCUUGACCCGCAUCGACGCCAAGCAAGGCAAACGACGCAAGGCGAGGUUGAUGUUCCGGACGUGCUUCAGUUGAUGCUAAACAACGUCCUGGAACAGGAAAAGGCCCAGACCAGCGCACGGGAACAGUUUGCAGCCCUCAUCGCCUCACAGACGAAGGCAAUCGAGGAGCAGACCAAGACCAACAAGGAGCAGGCCCAGACCAACAAGGAGCUCAGGGACUGCAUUGGGACCCUCGUGGCUGCCGUGCGGAGCUUGCGUCGCCGGCAGGACAAGAAGUCGUCUUAA